AUGGCUGACGUUUCGGCGAUUUCGCCUUCCUUAGAGCCAUGCUGUUACGAGUGGGACUCCAUCGUCCACGCGAGGGCGACGCAACUAGCCCAAUAUUACAUGAAGGAUAAAACCAUCAGCGUUGAUGAAUACCUGAAGGAUGCGCUACGCGUUCGACUUCAUCAAGUUUCGUUAGGGACGAUUCAGUGUAUAUCUGGUCUCUACAAUGAAUCUCGGUGCCUACCGAUGCAUCGAGCCAGUGCUUCUAUCCUCACAGGCGGGUCUAGAUGGGUCGAGUACGAAUUCGAUGCCCACGCCGAAGAGAUGGAAGGCUUGGUAAGCCUGAGAUGCAGGAUCAAUCCAGUGUGUAUUCCAGGACGCCCCCAACCACCACGCAAGAAACGCUCUGAAGCCGACUAUCUGCUACAAACCUUUUAUUUUUUGCGUAAACAUGGUUCUUUUGAGAUUCAGACCGAUCCUUGGAUCAAUAUGAAUUGGAUUCAGACACAUGGACGCUCAAAAUUAUCCAGUCUUUCCACUGAAAUGAUGCAUGAUUUGACUUUGCCUUAG